GACAAACAACUACUGGUCACGUAGCGUAGAAGGUCGACUUUGCUCGUAUAAAUGACGGCCAUUAAAGGCCUAACGUAGCAUGUGUGUCGCUUUGUACGAUUAUUAGCCUUUGAAGUCUGCUAGCUAGACAUAGCAACGUCACAUUUUAGCAUAGCUCUUACUAUACGAAGGCUACUGCGCUCUUGUUCAACAGCCAACCACAAUUGACAUGUCAUUAAUGUUUAACCUACAAUUUGAUGAAUUGUGCCAGUUUAAACUCGUCUUGAGAAGCCAAAUCGUUUUUUUGUCACGCUUGUACGUUAGUUAGCAUGCUAGCUUCAGUCUGUGUGUCAGUGCCAGUGUUGCUGGCCUUUCGUGGCUCUCUUACAUAUCAUUUAGCCAAAAUUAAAAUUUAAAGGCCUACUGAAAUGAGAUUUUCUUAUUUAAACGGGAAUAGCAGGUCCAUUCUAUGUGUCAUACUUGAUCAUUUCGCGAUAUUGCCAUAUUUUUGCUGAAAGGAUUUAGUAGAGAACAUCGACGAUAAAGUUAGCAACUUUUGGUCGCUAAUGAAAAAGCCUUGCCUGUACCGGAAGUAGCAGACGAUGAGCGCGUGACGUCACUGGUUGUAGAGCUCACAUUGUUUACAAUCAUAGCCACCAGCAGCUAGAGCAGGGGUCGGGAACCUCUUUGGCCGAGAGAACCGAGAAGCCAAGUAUUUUAAAAUGUAUUUACUUAAGAGCCAUAUAAUAUUUUUUUAACACUGAACAUUACUAAGAUUGUGCAUUUUCAAGUAAGACCAACAUUUCUAGAGUAUGAUAGGUCACUUAUUCUUUGCAAUAACAUUGUUAUUCUGAUGCAAACUGUUGAGUUAUUUUUAACACUAUGAUUAAAAGUGGAAGUAUUCAUUACUUAUCGUGUCAAGCAAUGUCAGCUCAGAUUUAUCCGAGAGCCUGAUGUAGUCAUCAAAAGAGCCACAUCUGGCUCGCGAGCCAUAGGUUCCCUACCCCUGAGCUAGAGAGAUUCGGACCGAGAAUCGGUUAAUUAAUUUGAGCGAGGAUGAAAGAUUCGUGGAUGAGGAUAGUGAGAGUGAAAGACUAGAGGAAGAAAAAAAGACGAGGGCAGCGGGAGCGAUUCAGAUUAGACACAUUUACUAGGAUGAUUCUGGAAAAUCCCUUAUCUGCUUAUUGUGUUACUAGUGUUUUAGUGAGAUUAUAUAGUCAUAUCUGAAAGUCGCAGGGGUGUGGUGACUGCCAGUGUUUAUGAGGGAAGCCAUGGAGGAGCCAAGAAAGUCGCAGCUGCCUCUUUGACAGCUGCAGGAGCAACGACACAAGCUCCGCUCAUGUUUACGUUAAGAUGAAUAAGGAAGUAAUGUCACGUGUGGCGAAGAAGAGGCAAGCAGACCCUAAGGUGGUCCAGUAUGUGUGGGCCGCCAUAGAAGUCAUCCGCAACCAGAAGCAGAUCGCCAACAUGGACCGCAUCUCCAAGUACCUGAGCCGCGUGUUCAAUAUGCACCCCAAAGAGACGGCCAGACAGCUGAGCCUGGCCGUGAAGGACGGCCUGGUGGUGGAGACCCUGACUGUGGGCUGCAAGGGUUCCAAAGCUGGCAUUGAACAAGAAGGCUACUGGCUUCCUGGCGAUGAAAUGGAGUCUCAAGCGGAAGGAAGCAAGGUUGGGGAGGGGGAUCAAGCCAACAUCUCCUCUGCUGUGUGUCCUCCACAGGAGUGGGAGCCUGAGAGCCAUGACUGGUACUGCUUUCAGUGUCACUUGCCGGGCGACGUGCUGCCCUGCGACAAUUGCUUUCGUGUCUUCCACCUCAAGUGUUUGCCAGAGGAGGGCAGGCCCCACGACGCCGGGUCCCACUGGCAGUGUGUGGUCUGCAGGGGAAGUAAAAAGAAGAACCUGAACAAGCAGGAGAUGUGCAAAUAUCUGCGCUUCAUCGUCCAGCGGAUGAAGGAGAGGGCUGUGGACUUGAACAAGAAAGGCAAGGACACCAAACAUCCCAUGUACAGACGACUCAUCCACACGGCGCUGGACGUCUCCAACAUACAGGAGAAUCUGUCCGAGGGCAAUUACAAGAACUUUGAGGAGUUCAAGGCCGACGCCCAGUUGAUUGUUCACAACACGGCCAUCUUGUACGGAGUUCACAGCGACCAGGCUGAGAUCGCACGGCUGCUCUUUAGUGACACCUGUCAUGAGCUGAACGAGCUGUUGCUGUGUAAGAACUGUUUCUACCUGUCCAACGCUCGCCCUGACAACUGGUUCUGUUACCCCUGUAGUCCAAGUCAUGACCUGGUCUGGGCCAAGAUGAAAGGUUUUGGCUACUGGCCUGCCAAAGUCCUGCAGAGAGAAGACAACCAGGUGGACGUACGCUUCUUUGGCCACCAGCAUCAAAGGGCGUGGAUUCCUGCAGACAACAUCCAGGACAUCAAGGUGAGCGUGCAGCAGCUGCAGGUGAAGCGUAGCAGUGGGUGGAAGAAGGCCUGCGACGAGCUGGAGGUCUACCAGCGCUUCCUGAAGGAGGGUCGCUUCUGGAAAACCAAGAUUGAGGAUGCCGGCCAACCGAGCCAGCGGAAGGCAUCUCCAAACGAGAGCGACGGCGGCGGGAGGACGGAACAGCCGGAGCGAAACGACGAGGCCGAGUCCAGCAUCUCGUCCACCAGCAACGAGCAGGUCCGACAGAUGAAAGGCAGCCAUGAGCCGAAAGCCAAGAAAAGUCGUCGAACUCAACAGGUGGAACCCAAAGAAGAAGCUAGCGACCCAGAACCCGAGAUGGAGGCGGUCAGCUCCAGUCAGGAGAUCCCCGUGUCGUCGGCGCCACCGCAGCCUGAGAGGCUGUCGGUGUCCACACAGACCAAGAAGGCCAGCGGGGGGUCGCCUCGCACGCUGCACCGCGGCACGCAAACCGCCUCCGACGGCGCCUGCCAGAAUAUGUGCCACGAGAAAUACACCAAGGUGUUCAGCGACGUCAAGGAGAUGAUGAAAGCCGACAACAAGAGGGAGACGGAGCGAGUGGUCCGAGAAGCUCUGGAAAAGCUGCGGGCGGAAAUGGAGGAGGAGAAGCGGCAGGCAGUGGGCAAGGCGGUGGGCGGGGCUCAGGCGGAGAUGGAGAGGAAGUGCAAGCAGGUGAAGGACAAGUGCAAAGAGGAGCUGGUGGAGGAAGUGAAGAAGCUGGUGAGCCAACACAAACAACUCAUCUCGCAGACCAAGAAGAAACAGUGGUGUUACAACUGCGAGGAGGAGGCCAUGUACCACUGCUGCUGGAACACCUCCUACUGCUCCAUCAAGUGUCAGCAGGAGCACUGGCACGCCGACCACAAGCGCACCUGUCGCAGGAAGAGAUGAACUAGCCUUACCCUCUCAGCACGCCAUUGGAUUUUAGCCCCUCCGGUCGUCAGUGACUUUAACACACACACACACACACACACACACACACUGACCUUCUUCCUUUGUAACUCCCAUCUUUUAAACAUUGUAUCAUUUUUUUUAUUUAAGGUGAUUUUUCUGCCGAUUUCAUUUCCUUAAAUGUAGUUUCUGUCACAGAGUUGUGUGACAGAAUGUUAUUUAAGCGUGCAGCAUUAACUUCUUUCCUUUUUUUAAAGAAAAACAAAAAACUAUUUCAAGGGGAUAUAAAACAAAAUGUGAAAAAAGACGACAAUGAGCCGACGACACAGCACCUUUUUUUAAUCGGAUCAUUUAUUGGGGACAGGGUUGCGAAACAAAUCUUAGAAUUUAUUAUUAAAUGUUUUACUUUAUUGUGCAUGUUUUCUUAAACUGCACAACGUUGUUCUAACAAUGUUUUGUUUUUUUAAACAUUCGUCUCCAUGGUAACACUACAGUAAGAUAAUCACCAUGUUAAACCAAAUGACAACCUUGAUGCUGUUCGUCCAUGGCGUCACCAGGUGGCGCCCUAAACCUCUUCAAAGUGUUUCCUCUGUGAUGAAGACUGACUGAAUAGGACUUUUUUUAAAUGUUGUUACCAUAACUCUUCUAAUAGGGCCACACCAUGACAAUAACGUCUGCUUUUAUUGUGAAGUGUGUGUCAAGGCCUUUCCAAGCCAAGUCAGGAUGCUGAGACAGGAGCUGUUAUUGGAAGAUUUGCAUACACGGUCAAGCUUUUUUUUUUUUUUCCGUCUUUUGCAUCCUGUCAGCUUCCUGGAAGUUGUCAACUUCCAACUGUAAAUCAGACUUUUCAGGACUAAAUGUUGCGGCGUCUGGGGUCUUCAAGGCCGUUGCACUACAUGUAAAUAACGUGUCCUGCGUCCUGUCUGUUAAUGACGUCACGCGUGCUUGUAUCAGCCUCCUGUUGCCAUGACGACCUGCUGCUCUCCUCUUGGUUUUGACCUUUCUCUGUUGAGUACCUGGUCCUCUUCCACCCGUUAGUCCAGCGUGCACGUGCAUGAGGAAGACCGCGCCUUUUCAGCAUCCUCGCCUUCGUUUGAUUGAAGACUUAUGCAAAGUGAGCACAAAGUGUUUUUGUUUUUUUUAGUUUUGUAAUGCAGACUGCUCAUUGUUUUAAAGACUUUGUAGUAAGCAUAAAGACAAAGUUAUACUCGUCACAUCUUUCUGUUGCUCUAGCUAGCAAUAUGUAUAUAAUCUAUUCUAUGUGCUAACAUGGAGCAAAUAAAUGUAUCACCAAGUCUCA